CCAAUCACGAUUCAAGAAUUAAAAAGUUUUAUUUUGUUUUGUUUUGUUUUUGUUGAAUUUGGUGAAUAUAUAUCACAUUGAAUAAUAAUAUAGAAUCAAAAAUAAUUGAUCAAUUAUUAUUGUACCUGAUUAAAUAUGGAUAAAUUAUUACGUAUCAAUCGAUUUUUGGCUAAAAAUUUCAUUGUAAACACAUCAUCAUCACGUUCAAUUCAUUUGACACAAAAUCGUAUGGAUAUAUUCAAAAUUCAAGAUGAAAAUGAUUACAAGGAAAAAGUUUUGAAAAAUUCGGAAAAAAAAUUGGUUAUUCUAGAUUUUUUUGCAACCUGGUGUGGUCCUUGUAAACAAUUGACACCACGUUUAGAAACAGUAAUUGGUGGCAAAGCAACAAAUGUGGAUCUAGCUAAAGUUGAUGUCGAUGAAUUGGAUCAAUUGGCUGCCGAAUAUCAAGUACAAUCGAUACCGGCAAUAUUUGCCAUAAAAAAUGGAAAAGUAAUCGAUCAAUUUGUUGGAUCACGUGAUGAUGAUCAAUUGAAAGCGUUUAUCGAUGGUGCAUUAGCUAAAUAAUUGAUUGUAACUGAUAUUUUUGUUAAUUUUUUUAAAAAAUUUAGAUUUCCAUUAAAAUUAUCAAAUCAAAAAUAAAAAUCAAACUUACUCAUUCGUGUAAAUCAGAUGAAACAAACAAACAAAAUGUCAAUAAACGGUAUUGGCAAUUAAUUGACGAAUUGAUUGAAAAAAAAAAAUAGUAAUAAUUUGAUUGGUUUUUCAAAAUCUCACAAUUUCAUUUGCUCUUUGCUCAUCCAACGUAGUUUAUCUUUUUCAUUUUCUUUAUUCUACACAUGAACCAUGAUCAGUUCCAUAGAAAAAAAAAUACUGAUCGACUAGACACAAAAAAACCAACCAAACAAGCAAGUUAUGUGUGUGUUUGUCUGCUUAGCUAGAGUAGUAGACACUAUCCUAAUCCAAUGAUUGGUUGAUGUGAACAAAAGAAAAAAAAAUGAGAAAUUUUUUGCCCUUUGAACUUUUUUUUAUGAUUUGGCCAUUUAUUUCAAUAGAAAUAUGAACCAUAAAAUGAUAAAACAUCAAUCAGCAUGAUUUUCUUUUUUUUUUGUGUUUCAUCAAUACAAACAA